ACUGUGUGUAAAUUUGUUAAUAAAAUGCAGGCAUGUUAAUGCUAUAACGCUUUAGAAGAGCAAUAACACAAGCCUUUGUUGUUGUUGGCGCGCCACUCUAUACUUGCUCUUUCGCUUUGUUUAUGCGCAAACGGGAGAGAUACACAGAAAAUUUGCGGAAAGCGCCAACGGUUUGGGGAGUGUGCGCACGUCUGCAUAUUGUUAUUGCGUUCUCCGGCGCCCCAUUGACUCUCACGCUCGCAGCUCCAACGAUUAUGUACUUGUUUUCGGGCUACGAGACUUAAAUCGCGACAUUUGCCAUUGAGUUGAACAGCUACUUUGGAGCAUGACGGUCGUCUCGUAGCUGUCGUCGUCGCAACGGGGCACUAGCAACAGCUUCAACGCCCACGCAUCGUCCGUGCCAGUCAUAAAUAACGGGGCGAAAUCAUCAAUUUCGAGUAAUUAUAUAUAGAUUUAAUUUGUUGUUGGCCGCAAACCAAAAUGCGAGAAUAUUGGACUAACACUAACUAUAGUCUCGAUAUUGGUUCUGAGUGAGCUUGUUCAUGUGUAUGAAUUUUUGCAGUUGCAAUAGCACCAGCGGAAACCACAACAACAACAAUAGCGCCAACAUUUGCCUCUUCUCGUUCGCUGGCUCUUUCGGUUCGUCGUGAUUCUGUGUAUACUACAACAAAAUUUUGUUGUUAAAGGCGGCAGCAGCAGAAGGCACGCCCUUCAAUUGUGUGUGUGUGUGUAUGUGUAUGGCAGCAGCAGCAUCGGCUGCAACAUUUUGUUGGCCAAGAGCAAAAACGAUUAAUACAAAUCACAGCCCAUGUACAUACAUACAUACGCAACGCUUCAAAUUUCACUAAAACCCAAAACCUAGAUGAGAAAAAUCAAUUGAAACUCAACUAAAAUGUAAUUUGACGUGCGCGCGUAUAAAAAAUCGACAAGAAAUAACAAAUAAACUGCGCAGGCAAUGCGCAAGCAAAUAAUGUGCAACAGAAAUUAACAACAAUAACAAAACAACAAUCACACCACCAACACAGAAACAACAUAGUCAAGGAUUGUCCUGAGCCAUAAACAUGAAGAUGGUCGACAAAUCUUCCAAGUUGGUGGAUAAAUUAACCGCUAAUAUGAGCGGCGGAGGAGCUGGUGGCCAGAGCGGAGGUGGAGGUAGCACAGGUGCAGGCAUGGCCAACAGUGCAGCAUCAGGCGCAGUCGGUGGCUUGGCAGGCCUAGCAAAUGCCACCAAUGGUGCCCAGAAACCGGUGCCAAUGAAAUUAUUUGCCGCCUGGGAAGUGGAUCGUACACCUCCCAAUUGCAUACCAAGACUCUGUUCGCUGACAAUUACGCGUCUGUCCAUUUUGGCGCCGUUACCCGGUGAUACAACCUCACUUUCGCUGGCCGUCAAAAUGCAGAGCUCCAAGAGGACCCUGCGCUCGCAUGAGAUCCCCAUCAAUGGUACUGCGGCCACAGCUCUGCUACAGCAAACCUCUGCAGCCGGCUCCUCGAUGCAGGGCAACUCGCCGGUGGCCAACGUGGGCGGGGCAAUGCUCAUUGGGACACCCGGAAAUGUGGGAAAUGCUGGCAUUGGCACCUCCAGCAGCCUCAGCGUCUCUGUUCCACUGACGGAAAUCGAGCUGGACUUGCACUUUAGUCUACAAUAUCCACACUUUAUCAAGAGAGAUGGCAAUAGACUGGUCAUUUUAUUGCAACGUCGGAAGAAAUACAAAUCGCGCACCAUUCUGGGCUACAAAAUCCUGGCGGAGGGCAUCAUACGCAUGGACGCUGUGCUGCAAAAGUCAAUGGACAUGACUAUAGAAUUGACUGCACCCGGAAAGAAUGGCCGACCGGGCACGGUGGUCGCGUGCCUGCGUGCAGAGCGCGUUUCCUCCAUUCCCGUUGACCAUGACAAUAAAAACAACAACAGCGUGCUGCUGGCAGAUCGCGUUGCUGAGUAUUCGGACGAAGAAGAGGAGGUUGAGUUUAGUUCGGGGGAGUUCAACGACGACGCCAACGAACUGGGAUACGAUCCGAAGCGCGACUAUAAUCCGGCCAAGCAUGAUAUGCGCAAGUACCGCAAGCUACAGCGUUCCGGAAUUGAGGAUAUUGCACUAGUGGGCCACCAGCAUCAGCAUCAACAUCCAGUGGAUAGCGACAGUGAGUUCGAGAUGAAGGACAAGAGCUCAUCGCGUGCCAAGUUCAGUCGGACGAUUUCGCUGCAACAGCGGAACUUUAAGCAGAAAAUUGUCGCACUGCUCAAACGCUUCAAGGCCAGUGAGGAGCUGGAGGGGGAGGCUCAUCGCGGUACAGCAGCCCUGCGUGGCGAACGGGACUUGGAUGCACUGUUCCAGGAGCUGGAGUCGCUGUCAUGCUGCGAGGGCGACGAUUCCGGUCCGGACAUGGACAGCAUAUCUAUUGGCUCGACGCCGAAACCAUCGCUUCGUCCUUUCUUUACCAACUCGCGCAUCAUGCUGCACGACAGUGAGAGUAGAGUGAUGGGAACCCCAGGCAACUCUGAGCGCAGAUCAUCGGAUAAAAGCGACCAAUUGACCAAUUCAUCAUACAAUAUUGAAAAUAACAAAAACCCAAAAAGCAUUCAUUUAACAAACAAUAACAAUUCGGCCACCACACCAGAUCGCGGUGGGAUCGAUUAUCGCAACGACAGCUCGGGCAAUGAGGGCAAUGCCGGCAACACUGACGGUCAGAUAUCUGAUCCGCAGAAUAGUCCCCCUCGCGACAGGGAUCACAUGCGUCUGCAACAGCAUCAGCAACAUCAGCUGACCCCAGUGAGUUCGGUGGCCGCCAGUAUGGCCAGUAGUGUAACACCCGUGCAGACCGAGAAACGCUCGCGUCUCUUUCGCACCUCAAGCAAUACGCCCGGCAGUGGUGUUGGCAGCAUCGCCAUCAGCGGGAGCAGCACCGGCGGCAAGAAGAAGCAAACACUCAGCCUUAGCGCUGAACCACGUUCAGUAUUAGAGACCUGCCUGUCUCCAACUAAUGUCGAGCCGCGCAAAAUGCUGCUCGAUCAGCUGAGCCGCGUUUUCGCUGGCGAAGACAUCACUAUACCCGAGGUGGUGACCAUCAUAAGUCCGCCUGAGGCGUUAGGAGGCAGCACAUUGCUGCCAAAAUUAGUAACGCUCUUCGCCAACUCCUUUAAGCCGGCUUUUGUACCGCAAAAUACGGCUGAAGUAAAGGCCGUGCUGCAGGCCCUCAUGGCCAAGAUCCAGAAGUACUGCAACUCGAACGCCAAGCCACCGCACACUGUGAAGGUGCUGCUCAUUGGAGGUGACUGGCUGCAAGGCGCCACUCUGCGUCAUUAUGUGGAGCUGUUGGGGGUGCGUCCACCUGACUGGCUGAACCAUCUGCGCUUCUACUUAGUGCCCAUUGGUGGGAGCAGCAGCGGUAGCGUCUCCCGCCACUUGAGCCAGAUGGAUCAGGCCUAUGCCGCCAUGUUUGGUUCCGAAAAUUGGACGCAGCUGUGCGAACGGGCGGCUGCGACUGCGGCAGCGGUCAGUGCAGUAACUACAGUGAAUGCCACCGCACUUACUGCCACGUUGGGCGAUGCAGGUGGAGUGGGAAAGUCAGAUAUUGCGGAGUUAGUGCAGCGUAUACAACGGUAUUUGCUCGCGGCAGGUCCUUGCACACAGAUCCCCAUUGCCGAGGCCAUGGUUAAUUACAAAGACGAGGACUCGUGCCAAAUCUUUGUCCCGUUCGUGAGUGAUGUUCGCAUUGGGUACUUGGACGGGACCCAAGCAUCGUUGGAUCUCGAAGAGGGCGUCAGCUCUUCAUAUUCGGCCACAAGUGCAGCUAGCUCGGUGAAUCAGCCCGUCAGCUCCUCGGCCAUACCCAUAGGCAACCAAAGCUCGCCCAAUAUUGUGUCCGGUUCGCCGCCACAACAACUGCAGCAGAACAUGGGACGCAUAUCGCCGCCGCUGCAAACACCCCCAUCAUCGGCUUCAUCAUAUCGUGAGCGUGGGGCCGGCGAGGUGCUCGGCACCCCAUCUUCGCAGCAGACGCAGACGUUUAGCGGUGCACUGGCUGCUGCCGCUGCUGCUUCCGAGGCCGUUGAACUACAGGUGGACUACUGGCCGCUAGUUAGGCCUGGAGAGACGCAUGUCAAGGAGUCAAAGAGUGGCAUGUCGCGUGGUAGCGAUGCCGGCGGCAAGAAUAGCAUUAAGAGUACAUUUAGGAAUCUGCAGGUGUGGCGAUUGCCGCAACAUGCACAACAACUGGGUGAUAUGUCCAAUGGACUGACUGUUAGUUUUGCCACCAAGGAGAAGAAGCAGAAGCAGAUUAUGCGUUUGGGUAAGAAGAAGGAUAAAGAACGUGAUCUCGAGAAGGAGCAGUGUGUUGAGGGCGUUGCUCGUUUGAUUUGCUCACCAAAGCAGUCGCAUCCCGUGCCGCUGCGUGUAUAUAUCGACGGCACCGAAUGGACUGGCGUGAAGUUCUUCCAGCUCUCCUCGCAGUGGCAAACGCACGUCAAGAAUUUUCCAAUUGCACUCAUUGGUUGCACACCAAUGUCCUGUGCUGAAUUAUCCUAGUCAUUUUAAACCCUCUCAUAUACAACAACUGGAGACACAACAGACAUUUAAACACAGACACACACAUAUAUACAUAUAAAUACAUAUACAUACAUACAUACAUACAUACAAAAAUUGAAAGCAAGCAACAUGCUUGCACGGCAAUAAAUAAUAUACAUACAUAAAACGAAGAAGAAUGAUAAUUUAUUGUAUAAUUACAUAUACAUAUUUGUAAAUUUUUAGUUCGUAAACACUUAGGAUGUAACUCUAAUUUAAUUUUCGGUAUGCAAAUCGUGAAUUUAUCAGAUACUACGUUCAAGCCAAACGCUACAUCACAAACACACUCAUAUGAACAGCCCACACUCCAAAACAUAAGAAAUAUAUACAUACUACUAUACAUACAUAGCAAGCAUAUUAUAAUUUUCAAAUAAACUCAAAACGUUAUUUUAUUCAAUUAAAUACCGCGCGUCAAAAAUAUCGGAAGAAAUUAUAAAAAACCUAGUAAACCUAUUUGUAGUUACAGUUAAAACAAAUCGAAGGAAAAUAUUGGUCUUACAGUAUAUAGCCCCAAAACUUUAGCUGUCUAUAUAGUAUAUACCAACAUAUUAAAAACAUAUGUAUAUCGCUUACGUAUCGUGAACUACCUAUGUAUGUAUGUUGAGAUAGGAAUUGUUGUCAAAUCGUUUGGAAGGCACGACUAAUGGCGUUUAACGGGUCGAUCUCAACUCGCUCAAACAACGAUCCUAACUAGUGGUACGCAGGAAGCAAAGUUAAGGCUACAAUUACUUGGCAGACAAACACUUACUUAUGUAACCAACCCGUCGUUUAUGUCCUACCUAAAUCAAACAAAUGACAUGUACGUCGGACUAUAUAUAAUAUAUACAUACAUAUACAUAUACCUAUCUACAAACAUAUACAAAAUGUGUACUACUCUUAUUGUUGUGACUUUUGAAAUUUCGAAUUGUGAACAGUUUAUGGCAAAAAUUGCAUUAGUAAUGUUAUAUGAUAUCAAUUAUACCAAACUAUAUAUUCAUGCAUCUAUAUAAUGUGUAUAUGGAACAAAUAGAAAAUUGGAAAGGCAAACCACAUAUGUAUGUAUUGUAUGUAGUAGAUGAAUGCAGAUUGCAGGUUUAUUGUAAAAGUUACAAAUAUUGUUUUCCAUUUGAACUGGAAUCCGAGCAUUGAGAGAGUGCAUAGUGAAAUGAAAAAGCAUGUAAGCUCUAUAAUUUCUAAUUUUAUUACUAAAUAUAUUACAGUUAAAGAAGAAACAAUCUAAA